AUGAAGAUUUCCAACUUAAUUCCAGCUUAUUUGUUACCAUUUUCCUUAUUUUGUCAAGUUUUAGGUGCUCCCACUAAUGGUAAACGUGGUAACGUUGUUGUUGUCAAAGUGAAAACAACUGUGCAACAAACCCAAACUGAUAUUCAAACCAUCAGUGAAGCAACGGGUACAACAACAAACUAUUUGAUAAAUACCAGUACUGAAACCUUUACCAGGUAUACUGCUACUGUCACUUCUACCGUUUAUGGAGUUCCUCAUACUUAUACCACAGUUGCUACUACACCAGUUUCUGCAGCUGAUGUUAUUCCUAAUAGCGAAAAUGAAGUUAAGUCCUCCCCUACAGAAAGUCCCGUGGAACAAGAAACUUCAACUUCUUCCACCUCUGUCGCUACUACCACAACUCCUGUUGCUAAGAACCCGGUUUCAUCACAAGAAACUUCUACCCCAACCCCAGUUCCACCUGAAACAACAUCAACUUCUAGCUCUUUGCUAUCAUCUUCACAACAAACUACAACUUUAGCUCAAGUUUCGGAAACUGCUAUUAAUGAUACUACAGAAAGUAGUGGGCCUACAAUUACUGGUUCGGUGAGCUCACAAACAACUGAUUCAUGGAUAAUUGAAAACAUAUCCACUGUCACUUCUGAUGGUACUUGUUUUGUCAAUUAUGAUUACUACUAUGCUACUGAAACUGAUGAUGCUGAAGAAACCACUACAUUAACUUCAACAAUCACUACAACUGUCACUCUCAAUUGA